AUGAAUAGUUCUGAAUUUCGUGUUAAACACUUUUGUUUAAGGUGUCCAUUUUGCUUAACACAUAUAAUCCAGCUACAUCCUAUAGGAGCCAUUUUGGAAUUUCCUAAGCUUUCUGAAGCGUGUGAGGAUCUACUAGCAGAAGCUCUCAGUAUACCUUUAAUCACUCAUGAAAGUCAUGAAAACAGUAACUCUGCAGGAAUAUCCACUUCCAUGAGUGUACAAGAAGGUUCUGUGAAAAUGAAUUUAAUAAGUUUGGCUGUUGGCUUACUUAAAUGGAUCGACGGGAAAUCAUUGAUAUCAUCACCUUUGCCAGAAAAAUUUUCAAACACUCAUUAUUCAUACCGAAAUACUGUGGACUCAUCAGUUGUAAGCCAACUUCUCAAAUCUAAUGAUGAUUUUUUACCAUCUAUGGAUAAUCAGGAUGCUUCGAAACCCGGUGAUAUCAACUCUCAACUUUCUCCUUACAAUGGAACAUCCCUCGGUUUUGUAUAUCGUCAUGCUGUACAAUGUUUGCAACAAAAUUUCACUUCACUGGUUCGUUCACCAUCCAUCUUACGACGUUUAUCACCACGACAGCUUCAUGAAUUGCUCGAUUCAAGCCUUGUUCAAGCUCCUGAAUCUGAAAUACUCGCUGGUUUAUUAUGUUGGGCCGAGCUACAACUCAAAAGUGAUCAAAAUUCAUUUUGUGGUGUCAAAUCAGGGAAUGGAAGCCCUAGAGAUAAUCACGCUAAAAAUGAACAGAAUAAAACACAAGAUAAUGUCUAUUUGGAAUAUUGUUCAGUUCUAUCAUCGCUUGUUGAUAAUCCUUUUAUGCUAAACUGUAAUCAUUCUUCUGAGGGAUCAGUAUCUCUAGAAGAUAAUGAUUGCCAAAAUUUCAAUCAUUGGUUACUAUUAUGUAUGGGUUGGAAUGAAAUAGAAGAAAAUAUCAAGAAGUCUACAUUAUAUACUCAUUCAUCACGUUCACAAUCUUGUCGUUUGUGCCAAAUGGAUAGUAAAUCUUCAAUGAUAGAUGAAUAUACACGAAAUCAUAAUCUUGAAAAAGUUAUUGGUCAAAUAGGCUUAAAAGAUUUGUUAGCAAUUGUAAAAUUAUUAAAUGAACACAAUUUAUUAAGUUUACUUCAAACAGCUCAUUUACUUAGUCCUAUGCCGAAUGAAUUAGCAAGUGUUCUACUAUCUUAUUGCAAUACAGCUGAUUAUAUUUCACAAGAUUCGCCUACAGUUUAUUCACAGAAUACUCUUUAUACUACUUAUACGAAUUCAAAGCAAUACUGUGACAAUACAGAUUCUCCAUGGUUACCUUUAAUACAUGUGAAAAAGUCUUCCCAAUCUGUUUGCUCAGAAAAACAGUUCUCUUUUGAGAAAGUGUUAUCCAAUCCUUGGAAUCCUUCACCUGCAUAUUUUGCAGCAAAGUUUCACUGGGCUCGCCUACUAUGUGGUAAUAUUUCGAAAGACGAUGAAGCCAACCUUACCAGUGAUUGUAUUUGUUGUUGGAAUAAACACCGUCUUACAGAUAACACUAUUUCAUUUAGAAAGUCAUGGUCUAGUAGUUCAAAUUUAUGGACACAAUUCGUUCGAAUGAUGUUUAUUCAAAAACACGCUGUACAUCAUCAGAAACUACAUUUAAUGAAGACUACUAGUAGUAAGAGUAAUGGUCUUCAGUCAUUUCAAUCAGAAUGUACUUGUUGGGAGUUUUUAUUAUCGCAUAGAUUUGAUCAAUCCCAUAAUCUGACAAAUAUUUCAUCUGGUGUUUCAAAGCACCCUGAAUCACCAAGUCUUUACGACAAGCAUGGCAAUUCUUUGAAGUUUACACAUUCACAUUGUCACCAGCAUCAAAAGAUGGCUACCGACACUACUACUGCUACUACCACCACCAUCACUAAUAUCACCAGUCACAGUAAUAAAAGUAAUAAUAAUAAUAAUAGCAAUGAUAUGCGGGACUUGUCAUCUGAGUGUGAUUUAAGCUUUCCUGAUUUAGCCAAGAAGCGUUUUGGUUCAAAAUCGAAUGAUAAAGUCGAUUACUUUUUUUUCAAUAAAAAGUUUACAAUCUGUUGUGAUUACAAGUGUCGGGAUUUUGCUUAUUGUUUAUUGCCGUCAAAUCAGUGGACAAAAAUUAUUGAUUAUUAUAUGAGAUUAGUUCGUGAAUAUAUGAAUGAUCCUAUAAGCCAUCAUCCAUGCACAGAUAAUGAUUAUAUCCACCAUGUUAUUCGGCUUCGUUCUUUGUGGAAAUAUGGUUUACCUGAUUCUCUUGAAAGUUUACUUUUAUGCCGAAUCAAUGAACAUAUGUUCAUGUUACAACAACCAAAACAACAAUAUUCUACACUAGAAUAUAAUCCUAUUAAAGUUAAAUCGUCAUCAGAGUAUAAAUCAUGUAUAUCAACAACUUCAUUAUGCACUUAUAGCCUUCCAUUUAUGAAUAUAAUGUCGUGUGAACGUCAUACACAGAAUAUGAAUUCAUCACCAGAUAUGCGCGGAGAAGAAGUAAGCAAGAUCAAUUCAACUGUGAUUACAACUACUCCAAUAGCUUCACGUUCAUUAUAUACAUUAUCAUCAAGUGUUACUAGUAAAAUGAAUACAAAUCAAUUGAAUGAGAAUUCACAACAGUUAGUCUCAAUAAAUAAAUCAUCUCAAUUGUGCUCAAUCUGUGAUAACAAGAUUACUUCUUCUCCAGUAUCAAACAACCAGAAAUUAUCACCUGAAAAGAAAUCAUUGUACAGUGGUAAUCAUAAAUUAUUGUCGUCGAAAUUCGUAACAUCAUUUAAACCUGACUAUUGUUAUCACAAUUCAUAUUUCUCGUCAUCAUGUGAACCACGACAGAAUUUAUGUGUACAAUGUUAUGUAAAUGCAAAUAAUAUUACUACUACCAUUACUACUGCUACCAGUGCCUCUAUUGUUACUCCAAGUAAUGUUCCUACAUAUUUGUAUGAUCAUCGGCUCUGUUGUAUUUAUUCAGACUCAGAUUAUUUAUGUAGUGACCCAUUGUUGCUGUUGUCAUCUUCAAAUUAUCAUACACUGGUAAAUCGAAACAAAUUAAACUGUUGUAAUCAGCACAGAUACAAUGGACACCAGACUCAACAACACCAGCACCUACACCAAUCAGAUAUUCUCUGUCGUCCGUAUAGGAUAUCCACAACGACAACUUCAUCUAGUCCAUGUUACAGAAAAGUAUUAUUUCACUGUAAAGAGGCACAGAGUAAGUUCGUUUACCAUCCGUCUGCAUAUACUCCAACAAAAUCAUCAUUGAACACAUUGAAUAGGAAUAAUGAUCAAACUACCAUUGUUGUCACCGAAGACCAAUAUUCAUCAAAAUUAAAGUUAUCAACAAAGAAGUUUAGGAAUGUUGACUUUCAGACUAAAAUAUUCUCUCCUUUAUUACUAACACUACCUUGUCACAGUACUGUUAACCAUAGUAUGUCUUCAUCUUUUGCAUGGAAAUCCAAUCCAUCAUCAGAUUCUGCUUCAUACUAUUCGUCUUCAUCAUCGCCUUCUUCUUCGACCAGUUUCUCACGUACUAAUUCAUCUCCAUUAUCGGUGGCAAGUAAUUGA